UUUUGCUGACAAGUUGGCCAGUUAUAUAUCGUUGUUCUGUAGACUGCAACCUUGGCGUUUUUUCACAGCAAAAAUCUAGUUCAGGUGGCAUCAUGGACAGAACACAGAUGGUAUCCAUUUGGAUUCCACUCUCAUUGUUUUGUAUGCUAUGGAUGAGUACAGUUGCUGCUACAAACUCGUACGUUGUGUUAUGUCCUAAAAAAGUACGACCGGGAGUUCCGAUAACUAUUAGCGCUCAUAUCCUAGAGAGUACUGGUACGGUAGCAGUAACAGCAUCUCUCGGUACUGACCAAAAUAAUCCUGUUGAUACAACUACAGCAUCUUGCAUGGAAGGAAUACCUGAAGAGCUGGAACUAAGUCUUCCUGCCGACUAUGAAUAUAACCCGAGCCAAGGCCCGAUGAAUCUCUAUAUUUCUGGAUCUGGAGGAGGUCUCUCAUUUUUUAAUGAGACACAGGUGACUGUGGAUUUAAAGAGUAUGUCAGUUCUUAUUCAGACUGAUAAAGGGAUCUACAAGCCAGGACAAACGGUGAAAUUUCGUGCCUUGGCUAUUUCUCCGUCUGGUUUGAAUACAUAUACUGGAACAUUUGAUGUACAGAUAAAGGAUCCCAAUGGUAACGUCAUUAAACAAUGGAAGGAUCUUGAGGAUUCUGAUGGAUUUGGUGUGAUUCAGAACGAAAUGGUUACGUCAAAAGAACCAGUACUUGGCACAUGGAUAAUAGAUGUAACUGCGACAGAAAGUGGUGUUUCUGAAGAAAAGGAGUUUGUCAUCGACGAAUAUGUUUUACCCAAGUAUGAGGUGAGCUUGACGUUGCCAUCAUUCCUGGACGCCACUGUCCCCAUCGCUGGAGCUACAGUCAAAGCUGAAUACACGUAUGGAAAACCAGUUAAAGGCUCUGUCCUAAUCACUCUGUCUUUGGUUGACUUGUAUGGAGGUUUCAUGCAGGAAUCAUAUAAUAAUGGAAGGAGUAAAGAAAUUACCAUUUCCACGCUGGAUGGCAGCGCUGAUUUUGAGAUUAAAAAGUCUGAUUUGGAAUCCCUGAACAAUGGCAUUUAUCCUGAUGCAUCUGAACUAUCUGUCACUGCCGUGGUAACGGAAACAUUAACUGGUCUAAGCCAGGAGACGACAACAACUGUAACCUGUCAUAAUAAGCCAGUUAAAGUGGAAUUCCUGGAGAUGACUCCUGACAAUUUUAAACCCGGACUAACAUUUAAUGCCUUUGUGUCUGUCACGUUACAAGAUGGUACCCCAUUAAGAGCGUCUGAUAGUCGACAGGUGCAAGUAUCUACUAAGUAUGAUAGUAAUUCCGCUAACGAACUUGAAUUGAGUGUUCCUGACACUGGUCUCGUCACAAUUACCAUUCCUGAUGUUCCUCCUCGUACACAGUCUAUUUCAGUUUCAGCAUGGUACUAUGACAAUACUGAUGAAUGGCAGAGAUCAAAUAUAUAUGCAGAAAAAGCCUUGUCGCCAAGCAGUAAUUACUUGCAACUGACGACAGCAACUGACAGUCUGUCAGCUGGUGAUAAUGUCGCAUUUACCGUUCGAGCAACAGAAUCCAUUUAUAACUUUGUCUUUGAGGUCAAGUCGCGUGGUACCAUUGUCACAACAGGUACUGUCAAUGCAGCUGGCGCGUCAACAAUGGAUUUCCAUUUGACUGCCACUCAUGAAAUGGCUCCUACCGCCAAAGUUGUCGUUUACUAUGUUCGUAAUGAUGGAGAGGUUGUCGUGGACACAAUGAAUAUUAAUGUGGAAGGUACAUUUGAAAAUCAGGUUGCCUUAGAAUUGAGUACAGAUGAAGCCUUGCCGGCUGAUGAAGUGAACAUCGUUGUGAACUCCAGCCCCAAUUCCUAUGUUGCUAUUCUAGCUGUGGAUCAAAGUGUAUUGUUAUUGAGAGGCGGCAAUGACAUUACACAGCAACAGGUAAUUGAUGAAAUCAGGACAUAUGAAGAUGAAGAAACACUAGGAUGGGGUGGUGGUGGACCAAUGCCGAUGAAUGAUAUGAUAAUGUUUAGAAGAAAGAAAAGAUCUGCAUUGAAGAGGAGCAAGAGAAUGAUAUGGCCAGGUUAUUGGUCACCGGGUGGAAAUGAUGCUGCAUCUUUAUUCAGUAAUGCUGGUUUAUUGGUGCUGUCAGAUGCCUUGGUGUAUGAUGCAUUUCCAACAAAUAAUUGGAGUAAGUCCUAUAAAGGUUUAAAUGAUGGUAAAGCAGUCUUCACUAGCACUGUUCCAGAUACCAUUACUUCAUGGGUGACCAGUGCUCUCUCUGUGUCCUCAGAUAAUGGAAUCGGUGUGGUUCCAUCCCCAGCUACGUUACGAGUGUUCAAACCGUUCUUCAUCACGCUGAAUAUGCCGUAUUCUGUGGUACGAGGUGAAGAUCUAGUUUUGCAAGCCUUGGUGUUCAACUAUAUGAGCAAAGACUUAUCGGUUGUAGUGACGCUGGCAAAAUCUGAUAAGUAUGACAAUAUACAAUACACAGCUACAUCUGGUAACGAAUUGGAGCCUCAGUACACAUCAGAAGAUAAGACCUAUACAAAAAUGGUGAAUUCCGGACAAGGAGUGUCCUUUUCAUUCCCAAUAACCCCACGUGAUAUUGGCUUCAUUGAGGUGACGAUCUCUGCACAGUCAUCUGAUGCUGCCGACGCAGUCACUAGGCUUCUGUUAGUUAAGCCUGAAGGAGUGCCAGUGUCAAGUACACAAUCGGCCAUGAUAGAACUGAUUACUACAGACCAAACUGAGGAAAUCUUCACCAUAUCUUUACCUCCUGUUGGUGUAGUAGAAGGAUCCGUCAGAGCUGAACUUUUAGUUACAGGUGAUCUGUUAGGAGUAGCUAUGAAUAACUUGGAACAGUUACUACGAAUGCCGACUGGAUGUGGUGAACAGAACAUGAUUGGAUUUGCACCAGACGUGUUCAUAUAUAAAUACUUGGUGAAUACCAAUCAGGACAAUAAUGAAAUUAAACAGAAAGCGCUUAAUUUUAUGACACAAGGUUACCAGCGUGAGCUUAACUACAAACACGAAGAUGGCUCCUUCAGUGCUUUUGGUGCUCGUGAUGACUCUGGCAGUAAUUGGCUGACUGCAUUUGUUGUCAAAUCUUUCGUGCAAGCAAUGGAUUUCGUGUUUAUCGAUCCUAAGAUUAUUAUUGAUGCCUCUAGUUGGUUGGUGGAUACACAAAGCAACGAUGGUUCGUUCCCUGAAGUCGGUAAAGUGGUGGAUGGAGCCAUGAUUCAGGGUGGGAUAAGUGGUAAAACUUCACUCACAGCGUACAUACUGAUUGCGCUGAUGCAAGAGAAUGAUAUGUUGGAUGGCGAAAUUCCUGCGGACCUGAAAAGUGACAUUACUCGUGCAAAGAACAGCGCCACAUCAUAUCUGGAGAGUCAUUUCAGUUCCCUCAAUGAUCUGUACUCUGUUGCUAUCGUGUCCUAUGCAUUACAUCUUGUUCAGAGCUCAUGGAGGGAUAUGGCUUUCCAGAAACUCAAUACUUUCAAGACAGAACAAGAUGGACUUGCAUUCUGGAGUGAGAAUAACGGACCAGUUGAUGAUAAACCUCAGAACUACUGGUACUACAUGCCACCCUCUGCAGACAUUGAAAUCACUGGGUAUGCUUUGCUGACGUAUAAUCUCCGAAGGGAUUUGGAUGGUGCUGGUCCCAUUGUAAGAUGGCUGACAAAACAAAGCAACGGAUAUGGUGGUUACUCUUCAACUCAGGACACUGUUAUUGCGCUCGAGGCACUAUCCGAGUUCGCAAUCAUGACAGGCUCUGGGGACAAGGAUAUUACCCUGGUCAUUGAAACAAAUGAAUUGUCCACCUCUCAGCAUACACUGGUUGUCAAUAAUGACAAUUCUGUUGUUCUCCAGCAAAUUCAGGAAGCGUUCAGUCACGAUGAAGAUGGUAACCCAUUGGAUAAUGAUCUGGUGAUGAAUUAUUUGUGUAGUUUUGGCAAAAAAACUUAA